AUCGGCCACAAGGCAGUGGUUAAUAUUGUCCAGACCUUGCUUGUUUUGCCCCAUCUCGCUUCCAUGCACAACCCCAUGUAUUCAUGGGUUGGAAUCCGAUGAACCCUUUGAAUGCAUUUUUCGGGGAUGCGAGGUCCACACUGGAUGCGAGAAGUCGAGCGUCGAAGUUCUCACUGCCUUGCCUUGCCUUGAUUGUCCGGUGACAACGGUAAACGGGACACCUUGGUAAAACCGGCUGGCAACGACAAGGGGCCAGAUCGUCGAGACCACAAUUGUAGGAUCUUGUUGUCGUUGAGAUGUUCUGAACUCAGAAGCUUCUUGUGAGACGCUUCUGUCCGACCCUCCAAACAAAUAAGACGUCGAACAGCUGAAGGUGUUUUAACCUCGGCAUUCAAGAAUGCAUAUGUUCCUUGUCAUAUGUCGCAGGGCUCGGGUUGUCAUUUAUUAAACUUCCGCCAAGGUCAACAGAGCAGAGCCAACCCAAACGGGUUUCAAUAUUCCGAAUGUAAUGUGUAGCAUGUGCUUCCUCUGAUCAAUUCAAUCAUUGGUGAUGCGUGGUGCCCACUAUGAAUGGUUUUGUUUAUAUACCCUUCAGACACUCGAACGUCAAGCUUUUGUCACUUCCUUGCCGAUCGUUGAGCACUUGCUUCGCGAGCUUUUAAGCUCUUCAUCCCUUUCUCAACCUGCUCUCGAACAAUGGCCCACACUUCUGCUGCGACGUACUUGACAUGGUCCAUCCUCUGUACGGUGCUAGGCGCAUUUCUCGUAUUUCACCUAUGGAACUUCGAUAGGUUCAGAUGCUUGAAGUGGAACAAUGGCCCCCACUCUGGGGCGUUCAAACGCAUCAUGACCUACACGUACCUCGUAACAAUACCGUGUAUAGGAGCAUUUGCAAUGGGCUUCUCAAUCAUCAAGUAUCAAGCAGGGUACAGCUUUGUGCCGGGGGCGGGCAUUAUACCAACGCCUUGGCAGCUGUGGCCCGAGGCUCACAAGCGUGCCAUAUUCCCUCUUCAACUUGUUUUUUCUAUUGGCUGGUCUCUCGAGAUGGUUACACAUCUAGAAGAGUUAUGCUUCUGGCUGUUUCUCGUCAAUGCAGGGUCCGUCCAGAGAGACUGGUUCCGCAGUUUGUAUUUCAAAACUUGGAUUGUUGGCUCUUGCGUAGCUAUAAUCUACAUGCCGCUCGUUACAAUUUUCACCCGUUCAGAUCCUCUGAAGUGCGAAGCCUUUUCGUUCCUCGCUGGCGGUCUCGGCAGCCUCUCAUUGACCAUCUGGUUCACUCCGAUUCUGUGGUCUUUCCCGAAGUUCCUGAAUAAUUUGAAACGCGAAGGCGUUGACAUGAACACCGUCGUCCGUUUGACAACAUUCUACGAAUUGAACGCGCUUCGUGUCAUCUUCCGUUUCCUCAUGGUGGCCCCUCUCAUAAUUCUCGGUGUUGACGGAGUCCGCUCUCACCACCACAUCAAUGAGAGCAAUUUCUGGACCGACUUUCUUGCCAUCAUUUCUGGCAUAGGCUGUGUGAUUUCGUCAGGUAUCACGCUGGUGAUAUUCUUCCCUCGCUCAAUUCAGGGGGAGAUUGAGGCGAAGCAAGCUUCUCGACAAGCAAAAUCACAACGCGAGUUCCGUAUAAGUCGACCUUCUGACCCAAUCGACUCUACAACUCCACAGUCUCCUGUCAUGAAGGACGUCACAUCUCUCAGUGACUAUCGAGGUCAGGAAGCACUCAGUAUGUCUCGUCUCAGUGCCGAACCGCCGUCACCUUCCAAGGCGGCCCUUGAUCCUGAAGCGAGUUUGACCGGGACCGUGAUGACUUUUGCUCCAAAUCGGAGAUUGUCCACCGGUGGAACUGUGGAAGGCGGCGUGACGGUCGUCAACUUGACAGAGCAGAAUUUGUUCAGACAUAACUACCGCUCGGGAAGUGUACAUCCAUUUGUGCAUAACUUUACAUCUCCCAUCGACCUCAUGCAAGGUCGAGGUCAUUCAUAUGGACAGGUUGGGCCGUAUGGUCCAAGAGGGCCCCGUCAACACCGGUAGUUCGGCUGCGUGUGGCAUUUUCUUGAUGUUUUGCAAGAUAUAUCAAUGCCUUCCAUAUAGAUGGCUUCUGCAUUGUCCGGUACCAACAGCAAUGUAUCAUAGAGACCGACUGCCCUGCCCCCUCACAUUCACGACCUUCAUUCACGAUUACCUUCGCAUUCAUCUUCAAGUGCUCAACAUCGCUAGCUACCGAUUUCUAUUCUAGGGUCUGGGUUCAUUCAUACCAUCUCGAAUUGUUCAUUCGUUAUAACAAACCACUGUUGCUACUGUUUGGAUGUACUGAAUAAAAAUGGAUUAUAUUAGCCUGUAAUGUGUCUUUCUCUAACCUAUACUAUGCAGCAAUACAAUAAUAUGUGGACUAUAUGUUGAAAUUACUGAUGUCAUUUUUAGAAUAUAAAGUAGAUUGCUGCUAAAGAAUUUGAAUAUGAAUCUGAUUGCCAGCAGUUCCAUUGAGUAUAAUCUUGUGAUUAUAUUUACAAGGAAUAAAUUUGAAGUAUGAUC